AUGUAUACAAAGAAUGGCGGACGCCCACUCUUCCACAGAGCAUUGAUGGAAUCCGGGGCUACAACCGCUCGCGCUGUCUUCCCACCCAAGGCUCCUCUACCUUCAGUGCAGUUCGACGAGUUUGCUCUCGCUUCAGGCUGUUCCAAUGUCGCUAGGGGUCAAAUGAUUUCUUGUCUCCGGAAACAGUCCGUUAGGACUGUCGGGCAGGCUUCGAUUGAUGUGUUCAACCGCUACAAUCCUUCUGACCGGUGGGCCUUCCAGCCUGUUAUCGACGGCCAGAUCAUCCGCGUAGCACCUAUAUCCGCUUGGGAAUCUGGUACAUGGAACGAGAUCCCUAUCCUUACUGGCUUCAACACUGAUGAGGGAUCUCCAUUUACACCUACCCGCUUGGGUACCUCGGAGGAGUUCACCAAGUUCUUCAAGGAGUUGAUACCCGCCUUGUCUGAGUCGGAUUUGAAAGAACUCAACAAGCUAUACCCUGAUCCGGCCGUCAACCGAAAAUCACCAUACUACGACACCCGUCCCAUAGACGUUGGUUCGCAGUACAAACGUGGAACAGCAGCAUAUGGCCAGUAUGCAUACAUAUGUCCCAUCCAACAGACUGCAUACCAUGCCUCGGCAAGCCAAUCUGCACCUGUCUUCCUUUACCAUUGGGCUGUAAACACAACCGUCAAAGGAGGGGCAAGCCAUGCAGACCAGUCUGCGUACGAGCUGUACAACCCUGGUAUCCGAAAGAUAUCAAAGACCCAAAACUUGCUUGCCGGAUACUUGCAUGCUUAUUUUACUUCCUUUGUCACCACCGGAGAUCCCAAUGCUAUCAAGGGUAGAUACGCAGACAGACCUCGAUGGGCUCCUUUUACCCCAGGGGAAAAGAGCGGCACCAUGGUGAUAGGGGAAGGGAACGAUGAGCGCGCUGGCGGGAACAGUAUCGGCGUUGUGGCCCGGAUGGGUAACAUCAGCUACACCAAGGAGGAGUGUGACUUUUGGUGGAAGAGGACGAUCUUGUCGGAGUCGUGA